CCCUCAAGUCCCACAUGGACUAGGGGACCGUGGUUCGUAUGACGUGUACGUUGGAGAUUCGCCUUACCUACGCCGCAUCCAGCUUGUAAGGCAUGCACAUAUGUUUACCGAUGGAGCUUCCCAGAUAUGACUGAGGGCAGAGAACUGCUGCUGUCAUUUUUAAUCUUCCAGAGACGCAUCAAAAUUACCGUGGGUUCUUGUGGAAGCCAUGGGUGUUCUGAGGAGCUUCUAUUCCCGUCUUUCACGCAAGAGAAUCAAUGACCCACUUGCAGAUGACACUGAGCUCAACCGUGUCCUAUCCACCUUGGACCUCACUGCUCUUGGCAUUGGGAGCACCCUUGGCCUUGGGGUGUAUGUUUUGGCUGGGGAAGUUGCCAAGCAGACUGCUGGUCCUUCUGUCACCAUCAGCUUCCUUAUUGCUGGCAUUGCAUCUGCCUUUGCAGGUCUGUGCUAUGCUGAGUUUGGUGCUCGUGUCCCAAAGGCAGGCUCAGCAUAUGUCUAUAGCUAUGUGACUGUUGGGGAACUGAUUGCAUUCAUCAUUGGAUGGAACUUGAUCUUGGAAUAUAUAAUUGGGACGGCAAGUGUAGCCAAAGGAUACAGUGGUUACUUGGAUGCCCUGUUAGACCAUAAAAUGUCAGGAGCCUUCAGGGAUGUCUGGGACAUUCACAAGGAUGUCUCUCCUGCACUUGCAGAGUAUAUAGCAGAAUAUUUUGACUUCUUUGCCUUUGGCGUCACCUUCUUCACCUCAGUGAUCCUUGCAGUUGGAGUAAAUAUAUCAAGCAUGUUCAACAAGCUCUUCACUCUCCUCAACCUUGCUGUCAUCCUGUUUGGGCCUUUAAAGGUCUUUGGCUGUUUUGUCCUAAGCCCUCAUUGCAUCACUAUAUUUGUUUCUCAUGUCUCGCUUCUCCCUGCAGCAACUCCAGAGAACUGGAAUAUUCCAGAGGAUAAAACAACCCUAGGGAGUGGUGGUUUCCUACCGUACGGCAUUAGUGGAAUGCUGGCUGGAGCUGCAACCUGUUUCUAUGGCUUUGUGGGCUUUGAUGUCAUUGCUACCACAGGAAAAUUGGGAUUGACAGGUGAAGAGACACGGAAUCCACAGAAGUCCAUCCCUUUUGCAAUUGUCCUUUCCCUCUCAUUCAUUUUCCUGGCGUAUUUUGGGAUUUCAACUGUGCUGACGAUGAUGGUGCCCUAUUAUAGCCUGAAUGAGAAUUCCCCAAUCCCAUCUGCCUUCGCAGACCUCAACUGGAAUUUUGCCAAGUGGAUUGUCUCAAUUGGAGCUCUCUUUGGUCUCUCUACCAGCCUGCUUGGAGGAAUGUUUCCAUUGCCACGUGUGGUAUAUGCAAUGGCAAUGGAUGGAGUUAUGUUCCGCUGCCUAUCCUCUGUCAAUUCAUGGUCUAAGACUCCCUUGCUUGCUACCCUCCUAGCUGGUCUCUUUGGAGGUAUUAUGGCAGCUCUUUUCGAGUUGAGGGCGCUGGUGGAUAUGAUGUCAAUUGGGACUCUUCUGGCCUACACACUAGUUGCUGCUUGUGUCCUCAUCCUCAGAUUUCCAAAAAUUUUGCCCACAUUGAAGUUUACCAAAGCGGCAACACUGGUGGGCUUCAACACCUUGCUUGUCCAGGCUGAGACUGAAAUUUUCACUGAACAUGAAACAUGGGCCUUAACUCUCUUGGGAAUUUUUGGCUUCUUCAUCCUCGUUCAUCUAAUAAUCCUUUUCAGGCAGCCACAGCAGACUAAAGGAUUAAAGUUCAAGGUUAUUUCACCUCUUGUCAUAUUCAGCUUCCUUUAUUAUUUUUGCCAAGUUCCCUUUAUCCCACUCCUGCCUGCUCUGAGCAUUUUCAUCAACACAUAUCUCAUGCUGAAGUUAUCGGUGAAGACAUGGGAAAGAUUUGGGGUCUGGAUGGCCAUUGGUGAGUUCCUUCAUUUUUCACAAUCUCCA